CGCGACGGAGGCAAAAUGAACGGGUGUAUUAAAGGGAGGGUAUCAAUUCAGCGUGAUUGGAAACAGAAAGGAGAGACGGAGAGAAUUGGUAGAAUUACAGGCGUUUCUCAUUUUAUCCAUUUCUCAUCGCCCGUUCGCUCACGAAUUCUGUCUUCCUCGCUCGAAUUUUUGCAUGCUCCAGGGGUUGGGUUUUUUUUUUCUUUUGAGCAGAAGGAAAGAAAGAAAGGCAUGGGUUCUGAUCCGGGGAGCAACGUAUCCUCCAUGACUGCAUUUUCAAGGGAUAUGAUCGGCAGGAAGAAGAGGACGAACAGGUCUGCGAAAUUGAAGCAGUGCAAGCUUGAUGCAAGGCGCGAGCAAUGGCUUUCUCAAGUCAAGAACAAAGGAGGUGACAAGGAAAUGAGUAGGGGUUCUUCUCCUAACCUGCAUUUACCUUUGAUGGACGGGCUUGAUGGGGCCUUGGGAAAUUUUGAAACCAAGUCAACAAGUGAAGGGAAUGAGGGAUCAAACCUCCAAGACAGCGACUCAGAGUCGCUGACAAACAGCACCGGGAGCACCAAUUUCGGCAAUGUCUCCUCCAGGAAGGAGCAUGCUCGCAGCAGUAGCAGCAGCAGCAGCAAUGGGUGCUUCUCCAGAAGCAUCAGCCAGGAUGAAGAGGAAGAAGAAGAUGGAUGCUUGGAUGAUUGGGAGGCUGUUGCUGAUGCCCUCACGGCUAAAGACAACCACUGCAACCUGAAUCCAGGAUCUCCUACUAAAUCUGAGAUCACCGUGGAGUCUGCUGCUCCAGAAAUUUCAUACCAGGUGGCUCGGGUCGUGGGCAUAUCUAAGCUGCCAUGUGAAGGAGUGCAUCCUAGAGCAGCUGCGAUAAGCUCUCGGGCUUGGAGGCCAGACGAUGCUUUCCGCCCGCUGAGCUUGCCCAAUCUCUCAAAGCAGCAUAGCUUUCCUGUGAACAUGGUGGAAGGGCAUUUUGGCCGCAGAAACGAUAGCUGGAGCUGCCACGGUAUGGUUUCUCAGCCCUCGUCGUGCCCCAUCUGCUACGAAGAUCUUGAUCUGACGGACUUUAGCUUCCUACCCUGUUCCUGCGGUUUCCACCUUUGCCUUUUUUGUCACAAGAGGAUUCUUGAGGCGGAUGGCCGUUGCCCAGGCUGCAGGAAGCAGUACAGUCCUAUGGAUGGGGAAAUGCGUGUAAGUGGAGGAGCACCGCUGUUCCGGUUGGCUCGUUCUUGUAGCAUGAAUUCAAGAUCUUAGGAGGAGAACCUUUAUUUUCUUGAUUUUGUAUGUGGGUCUCUUUUUCCUUUUGUGAGUUGUGUGUGUUUCGAUCGCCGUAAGGGUUGAAUUUUCUGAGGAAAGAUGUGAAUAUAUUGUUAGAACCUGAAGAACUGAAGAGCAGCAGCUGGGAACUUUUAUUUCUUAUGAGUUUGACUCUUACCUGUAUGGUGCAUAUGCCAAUAUAGAGGAUGCUUGUGCAAUGUGAAUAGAUAAGAUGGUACAAACACUGCUACAUCAAAUCUAGUAAACUAUAUUUCUUUAAGCUUUGAA